AUGGACCUUCGAGUGUAUGUUGAUGGUGUUGCGCGCAUCAUCUGUGAUUUGACUCGAACAACUACUGUACAUGAUAUCAUUAUUGCACUAGCUCAAUAUAAAGGUAAAGCAGGCAGAUAUUCAUUAAUCCAACGUGCACCAGAUGGUACACAAAGAACAUUGUCACCUAAUGAAUUAACUUGUGAACUUAUUCAUCAUCCCGAUUGGGCUUAUAUUUUACGACAAAAUCCAUCAAAUAAAAAUCAAUCAAAUGGUGAAAAACGUUCGAAAAGUUUAGAUGAACGAAAACCAUCAAUACAACAAGAACAAGAACAACAACAACAACAACAGCAGCAGACAUUUUUUGACAUGCUUUCACCUGUUACCUCAUCGCCAUCAUCAUCAUCGAAUUACUUUCGAACAGUACAAAAUAAUGCGUUUGCUACAUUAUCAUCGAAUAAUAAGAAACGUUCAAAUAUUCAUCAAUUAUUUCCAUCAAUCAAUACAAAUAAUAGCAAUAAUAAUAUUAAUCUAAUUGAUUUAUCACCAUCUCUUCCUACACGUCAACGUUUAUCACGUACACCUAUCCAAGAAAAUCGUCAUCAAUCUAUUCAAUAUUCACGACCGAAAUCUGCUAUACCACCAUCAACAUUAAGUGAAAAUAGUGCAUUUCAUAUUGUUCAUAAUCCAAACAGUAACCAUACAGGUAUUCAACAUCAACAACAACAACAAUAUAUUGCAUUAUUACAAAUACUUAAAGCACAAGAAAUUCAAGUUGAACAACAACAACAAGAACUAAAUGAAAAACAAAAAGAAAUUGAAUAUCGCGAAGCUAUUCUUCGUCAAGCCCAAAUCUAUCAUGAAAGUAUUCAACAUGAAUUACAGAUACUUGAAGAACAUGAUCGACGUCUUUUUUCUGAAUGUCAAAUAAUUGCUCAAGAUUAUUCAUCGGAUAAAUUAGAGUUCGAAUUAGAAUAUCAUGAGAAAUUACAUUCAAAUUAUGAACAUUUACAACAACAAUUAACACGUUGUUCAACAACUUUAGAACAAAAAAGACAAAUACAAGAUCAACUUCAAUUUAAUAUUUCACAAAUACAUGAAGAAAUACAACAAAUGGAAACAGUUAUCACUAACGAUAAGAAGGAAAUUCUUCAAUAUCAAUAUGAUCUUGAACGUUCAAAUUCUUCUUUUAAACAACAAGAAGAUUUAUUAUAUAUAUUAAACCAACGUAAUGAUGAUAUUGAACGUAUUAUUCAACAAGAUCAAAAACAAAUUAUUGAAUUUGAAGAUGUAUUAAUCGAAUUUGAUGAUCUAUUAAGCAAAAAUAAUUUUGCUAAUACAUCAUAUCAUUUUCAUGAAACAUCAUCAACUGGUAUACUUAUGCCAGUUCAUCUUCAACUUAUGAAUAGUACUUUAUUAAAAAUAUGCCCAAGUGGUAUAUGGGUUUAA